AGAAGUUUUUAUUAACCAAUUUACUAAUUGUCUUGUUGUGAUCUUCUGAUUGAUUGAGAUAAUCAGAAGUUACGAUUCUCGAAGGAGUGAAAAUCGAGGUUACAGAACAAGGAAAAGACGAAAAUUCCAAUGAUAGUUUUAGAUUCACUCGAAUCGUUGGAUAAUCGUCACAACGAGCUAAUUGUUAGUCCACUUCGAACAGCAACUUCAACGAAAAUUUCUUGUCAAUAUUUUUAUGAGCUUUUGGUGACUUGAUUUAUCUCUAAUCUCGAUAGUAACUGUUCACGCCCGUUUCGAAAAGGUCAGUAUGGUUCUAGCCAAUACUCUAUUUCUCCCGUUGAAAUAUCUCGCCGAUCAAAUGGCCUAUCGAAGUUUGGCUCAUUUCUUUAAGGUAUCUUGCCUUAGGUUCAUCUACGUUACCAGCGGUAACUUUUCACCUCGAACUUGGACCAAAUUUGUUUAUCUCAUCUCAUUUCCACAACUAAUCUUGGGUACACUUCGAUUUGCCGUUUUACUUUUCCACGUUCACGAUCCGUUUGUGUCCAAAAUUUUGGCCAAUUUUUCAUUCUUCAUGGGAGAAGCGGCAUUCUGGUUCCUUCUUGUUUGCCUGGUUUGGUUUACGGCUGCUUGCGUCUGUCGAGUUUUCCACGAACUGUCCAAUUCUCGACCUGAAUGGCAGCUCUGGAUUAAACCAAUGACUUACCUUCAACAUCCCGAAUACACAAGUGACCUACAAACUCAAAACGGUGUAAGACUGGCAUUGAUUGUCCUUCGUUUCAAUCUAAUCGUGGCCGUUGUCUGUGCAAGUGCCGUUCACAUACCCAUCUUAAUAAACUGGCCAAUCUCUUGGUUACCAUUGACCAUUUUUGCCACCAUCAACACGGGUUUCCAUGGUUACCUGGUCUGUACCUAUGAGAUAAACUUCACCAUAAUAUCGGCUCUUUAUCUGUACAUUUACGGACGUAAAUACCAUCGACUUACCGAUUCGGCCAUUUUAAUUUCUUCUUCCAUUGAAAUUGAUCCAAGUUUACCUUGUACCAUUUUCCUGGAUCGAUUCAAGUCUCGAAUAAUCAAUUGGACUCGGGAAAUGUUCAAAAUCAAUAAGUUCAUCUGUCGUAUUAUGAAUACCAUUUUUAUCGGCACUUUUAUCGCUGAGACACUUUGCAUUUAUCUGACCUUUUUCGUGUCCAUCAAAGGGUCAACCAAAUACAUAAUAACCUUAUUAGGUUUUAUGACCAUCGUUUAUGGACAAAUGAUUUGUUUCAUCUUCGGUACUUAUGCUCAACAUCGGAUCCAAUCUCAUGAAUUUCACCACCAUGAACAGUACGAUGAAUGUAUAAUCCAAUUACACCACCUAAUUGAAUUCAAAGCCAUGAAAAUCCCUCUCUCCUUGAGGCUUAAGUGUCUCAUCACCUCAGAAUAUCUGACUGAGCGGAAAAUUUUCCUUCUCUUGGCGACAAUUGAAGUAUCCACCAUGAACUUCAUCAAGGUAAAUUAAGAAAAAACAAUAACAACAACAAUCUAA